UCGCAGGUGCCUCCCUGCACAGGCCCUGCUCAGGGCGAGAACACGCCCUCUGUCUUGGCUAUCCCGGCCGGAGGCUGAAGUAAUAACGUCGGUUCCGGGGCGGCGGCAGCGGAACAACCAGCGGCCACGUGUGGUCGCUGACCCGCCAGCCGACCCCGCGUCCAGUGCACGCAGCUCCCGCCCACUCCGCGCCAGCCGCCCACUCCGCAGCGGCGCCUCCGCUCCCGACCGCCCGGCGACCCCUUGGCCAGCGGCCUGUCCAUGCUCUCGGCCACCAGGACGGCCCUCCAGCUCUUUCACAGCCUCUUCCCCAUCCCGAGAAUGGGUGACUCCGCCUACAAGAUCGUCAGCCCCCAGGAAGCCUUGCCGGGCCGGAAGGACCCCAUCGUCGUAGCGGCCAAACAUCAUGUCAAUGGCAACAGAACAGUUGAACCUUUCCCAGAGGGAACACAGAUGGCUGUAUUUGGAAUGGGCUGUUUCUGGGGAGCUGAAAGGAAAUUCUGGACCCUGAAAGAUGUAUAUUCAACUCAAGUUGGUUAUGCAGGAGGCUAUACUCCCAAUCCUACUUAUAAAGAAGUCUGCUCAGGAAAAACCGGCCACGCAGAAGUAGUCCGGGUGGUGUACCAGCCAGAACGCAUCAGCUUUGAGGAACUGCUCAAGGUCUUCUGGGAGAAUCAUGACCCGACCCAAGGCAUGCGCCAAGGCAACGACUACGGCUCUCAGUACCGCUCCGCCAUCUACCCGACCUCUGCCGAGCACGUGGGGGCAGCCCUGAGGUCCAAGGAGGACUACCAGAAGGAAAGCUCAUCUUCUAAGUUGCAGAGAAGAGCUAGCUCAAGGUCCUGUUAAGACAUGAAUGUGUUUGCUUUGGACUUGAUCUCGAAGUUGGUGGAAUUCACACUGUUUGCAAGAUUCAAGUGUAGAGCACAAAUUUGAGGAUGCACAAGCGAGAAUGAGUGAGAGAAUCAGACAAGUUUCUAAGUUUUCUAGAGGAAGAAAGUUUUGUUUUAAUCGUUUAUUACACACUCAUGUAUGUUUAUUGUGGAAAACACAGAGAAUAAAAAUUACCUUUAAUAAUAAUAUUUUUAAGCAUUUGGUAUAUAUGUUCUGUUCCUUUCUCUGUGGGAGUGAGUAUCUUAAAUGAUUGAAUCUUAGUAUACAUUCUAUUUUAUGUGUUUUCACUGAUCAGUAUUUCAUGAGUAUCUUUUCAUAUCAUCUCAUGUUAUUUUCCUUUAUUAUUUUUUGACUACAUAGCUUGCACUGAAUGGAUAUACCACAAUUAAUUUAAACAAUCCAGUAUGUUGGACAUUUCACAACUGUAAACACUGCUGUGGUGUGCAUACUUGUAGUGAAAUCCUUUCAUGCAUCCAUGAUUAUUUAACUGGGACAAGUUCCUAGAAGGAUUGCUGCAUAUAUGGGCAUACACACUUUCAUAGCUUUUGAUAUGUGUAUGCCCACAACACCAUGUCAUUUCUAUGCUUUGAUAUUGUUACAGAAGGAAGUAUUCAUGACAUUUUAAAAUUAUUUUUUAAUUGAAGCAUAAUUGAUUUACAAUGUUGUGUUGGUUUCUGCCAUGCAACCACUCGAAUCAGUCAUAACUACAUAUAUAUUCCCUCCCUCUUGAGCCUUCCUUCCACCCCUCCCCCCAUCCUUUAGGUCAUCACAGGGCACCAAGCUGGGCUCCUUGUGUUAUAUAGCAACUUCCCACUAGCUGUCUAUCCAUGGCAUUUGUUGAAGGUGGUAAGGAAGACUUUAUUCAAGGGGGCCAUGGUGGAGAUAUAGGGACCACUGCAAUGGGGGUCUUGCAGUGGGGUAGAGAUUGGACUCAAUUCCAAAUACAGCAUGAGCAAAUGGGAAUUUAUAGUCAGGGAACAGUGUGGGGGUCAGUGCAUAGAAAAUUACUGAGAGGAAACAUCAGGGGUGAAUGGGGGGUUCUGCCUAAAUCAAGCUAUCAAGAUUCUUGCUGAAGGCAGGACAGAUGCUCAGGCAUCACCUGUGGGAUGGUGGGUAAUGAGGAACCUGAUCAGAUGUCAAGGGUGAUCACAUAGUGGGGUUGGGAGGGUCUAUUCAAGUGAUUUAGCAGGAUUCUAUCUCAAUAAAAUUGGAUGAUGCAGAGAUGAACAUAGAUAUCCAAGAGUCAGGUCUGGUUGGAAAAGUGUUCAGGGGAGUCUGAGUAGAGUCUGGUCAAUGAGAGAGUCUGUGUCCACAUUUAGCAUGCUAUUUGAUAAUAAACUUUUUGUUUUUUGCUCUUCCUGUAAAUCUUUAUUAGUGGUAGGGCAGGGCUGUGUGUUCCUGUAGCACCAAGAGACCCUCCCGGCCCCCAGUGCCACCUCUGCCCACCCAGCAUCAUUCCUGGCAUGGAGGUAAUGUCAACUUGCAUGGAAGCGCCGAGUAUUAAUACACAUUUAAAAAGAGGCAAUGGCCAAGGAUGGGUAGAGAUGGAGGGGUGAGUAAGUCAUUGUCAGAGAAUCCUGGGUCUAGUUCAAGUCUUAUCAAUUAAAUGUGGGGUCUGCCAAACCUGACAUCUGUUCUUUGAUGCUCAGUUUCCUAACAAAAGUAAAUGAGGUAAUUUUUAAAAGAUGAUCUGUCUGAUGGCAUUUCAGAUCUGCAGAUUUAUGAGUCUUUGACCGUGAGUCAUGUGUGAGGGCUGGAAAAAAGCUGACAUGAGUUGGGUGAGGAAGAUACUGCAGUGAAGCUGGGGAGGUUUAUCUACUGGAUGAAGUCCUCAGAGCAUAAGUGACAUCAGAAGGGCCUGAGCUGCAGCAGGACAGUCAUACCCUGAGCUCUCAGGGUGGCUUGGAAAGAGGCAGCAUAGAAGCCAGCUUCAGACUCCUGACGGGCUCCUUCAGGACGUAGAUGAUUGGUGUUCCUGGGGGAGGACUUCCAGAAGCGGGUAAUAGAGGUUCAGCCAGGCAGAUGACCUGCAUCAGGGUGACCCAACAGUCACAGAAACCCAAUUUCUUUCUUUUUAAUAUUUAUUUAUGUAUUUAUUUGGCUGUGCCGGGUCUUCAUGGCGGCAUGUGGAUACUAGUUCCCUGACCAGGGAUUGAACCUGGACCCUGUGCAUUGGGAGCCUAGAGGCUUAGCCACUGGACCACCAGGGAAGUCCCAGGAAACCAAUUUCUUAGAGAUUUGGAGAUGAUAAAUUCUGUCCUUUUCUCACUGAAACUGGGUUCAUGGCAACAAGAAAUCUUGUAAGCCAGGCUAGAACUGGGUUUUUAAAAAAGGCUUGUUCACAACGGUCAGGGUGGAGCCAGCAGCCUAGUCUGCUGAGCUGUUGACCAGAAGCUCCUUACCUUAUCUGAGGAGCUAAAAAAUUAAGUGGUCCCAGCCGUGCAGGUUGAGUGGCUACAGCCAUGAAAUCUGGACAUUCCCUACUGUUAACUCUUUAGUUGGCAACCUGAUAGCUUUUUUUUUUUUUCCAUGAAGAGUUUAAAGCAUUCUGAACAUUCUUUAAAAUUGAUUGCUGUCGGAAUUUUUAAAGAUUUGUUUUCACCUUCAUGUUGUGAAAUAAAACUGAUACAGAAAGCAAUACUAAACAAAUCCAUAGCUUAGUGAAUUUUUAUAAGGCAAGCAUGUUUGUUCCCAUGACACUUUGCCAGCUACCCUGGGAGCUCCUCCAUUGUCCAUUACAAUCAUAGUCCUCUGCACCCUUCUCAACUCGUAUGGUAAUCACCCUCUUUCAUUUAUCUGUAGAUCUGGCACCUUAGUGUGCUUUCCCCACUAUUUUUUUACUGUGUAUAUAUAUAUAUUUUUUAUUGAAAUAUAUUUGAUAUACAAUAUAAUAUAAUUUUAAGAUGUAUAGUAUAGUGAUUCACAAUUUCAAAGGUUAUAUUCCCUUUAUAGAUAUUAUAAAAUGUAUAAAGUAUAUAAAUAUAUUAUAAAUAUAUAAAUAUAAUAUUACAUAUAAAAUUACGUAUAUAUUCCCUCUGUUGUGCAGUAUAAUAUAUCCUUGUAACUUAUUUUAUACAUAAUAGUUUAUACCUUUAAUCCCCUACUCCUAUAUCACUCCUCCCCGAUUCCUCUACCUACUGGCCACCACUAGUUUCUUCUCUAUAUCUGUGAGUGUCUUUCUUUUUCGUUUCAUUCACUAGUUUUUUGUACCGUUUAGAUUCCACGUAUAAGUGAUGUCAUGCAGAUAAAGAUAAAGAUCUGUCUGACUUAUUUCGUGUCAUAAUACCCUCCAGGUCCAUUCAUGUUGUUGCAAAUGACAAAAUUUCAUUCUUUCUUACGACUGAAUUCCUUGGUAUGUGUGUAUGUGUUUAAGUCUGGCGUGCUGCAGUCCAUGGGGUCGCAAAGAGUCAGGCGCAACUGAGUGACUGAACAACAAAUACACAUAUAUAUGCACAUAUAUAAUAUACCCACAUAUAUGCCACAUCGUCUUCAUCCGUUUACCUGUUGAUGGACCGUUAGGUUACCUCCACGUCUUGGCUAUUGUAAAUAAUGCUGCUGUGAACACUGGGUGUAUCUUUAAAAAUUAGUAUUUUUUUUUCCAGAUACACAGCCAGCUGAGUCGCAUGGUAGUCUUAUUUUUAGUGUUUUGAGAAGCCUCCACACUGUUUUCCACAUUUCACUGCUGUUUUUUAGGUAUGCCAGUUUGAAAAAAAAUUGUAUUUGAAAUUUCUCUUGAAAGCUGCAGCAUCCCCUCCGUCCCUUUCUUUCCUUACGCUCUUUCUGUGGAAGGACUCAGGCAUCUUAAAUCUCUAGAGUUACACAAGCUUCUAUAUUUGUGGCGUGGUUCAAUGUGUCCUGUCCUUUGUGUUUCCUGCACCCUGGCAGCUGCUUCCAGAGACUUGACCAGACUCAGUUUCAACCUCUUCAGCACAGUGAUGAUGUUUUUCAUCAGGAAGUGUGUAACAUGUGGUUUCUACUUUUUUCAUGUUAGCACUCAGUGGUGCUUAAUGUCUAGAUCCACCGCUUCCCUGAAGGCUGAAAAAUGAUGUAAUUCUUACUCUAUAAUUUUGUUUUCAUUUACUGGCUGUGAUAAUUUUUUAAUGCUUCCAAAUGGAGAAGCUUCCAUUUUUCUAUCGCUUGGCCACCCAACAGUACAGUUCUUACAGGAAAGGCAGGAUAAAUAUCCAGUUUAUUUAUAUAUCCAGUUUUCAAGAUAACACAUUGGCUUCCUGUCAUGCUUAAAAUGGGACUUCCCAGGUGCCUCAGUGGGUAGAGAAUCCACUUGCAACACAGGAGAUUCAGGUUUGAUCCGUGGAUUGGGAAGAUCCCCUAGAGAAGGAAAUGACAACUCACUGCAGUAUCUUGGUCAGAGAAUGCUAUGGACAAGGGAGCCUAGUGGGCUACAGUCCAUAGCGUUGCAAAGGGUUGGAUGUGACUGAAGCAACUGAGCAUGCACACAUGCACACAUCCUUGAAAUGUAACCAAUUAGUUCUUUUAAAAUACUAUUGUGAACUUAUGGAUUUACACAUUUGUGAUGGAUUUCAGUCCAUUCACAUUUGGAGCUUCUUCAGUUGGUUCCUGGGUCCCCUUUGACGUGACCUCAGGAAGUUUGUGAUCUUUCUAAGUUUCUGAUCUUUCUAACUAUCUGAUAUAU